GCUGACCGGAACAGAGCGCCCCAGGCGCCCUAGGUCGCUGACAUCCGACGGCGGAGAUCGCACGCUCACAGCUGGUCUGGAUAGCAGUUUCGGAGGAUACGUAGCUCGUCAAGAUGAGGGAGAUCGUGCACAUCCAGGCGGGACAAUGUGGCAACCAGAUCGGCUCAAAGUUCUGGGAGAUCUGUGCCGACGAGCACGGCCUCACGCCGGAGGGCCAGUACGUCGGCACGUCGGAUCUGCAGAUCGAGCGCAUCAACGUCUAUUUCAACGAGACGGGCGGCGCCAAGUACGUGCCGCGCGCGGUGCUGGUGGAUCUGGAGCCAGGCACCAUGGACGCCAUUCGGGCCAGCGCCAUCGGCGGCCUCUUCCACCCGGACAGCUUCAUCAACGGUUCUUCCGGAGCUGGAAACAACUGGGCCAAAGGCCACUACACGGAGGGCGCUGAGCUCGUGGACCAAGUUCUUGACGUCACAAGAAAGGAGGCGGAAGCCUGUGACUGCAUCCAAGGCUUCCAGCUGACCCACAGCCUGGGCGGCGGCACCGGCUCCGGCAUGGGCACCCUCCUUAUUUCCAAGGUGCGUGAGGAGUACCCGGACAGAAUCUUGUGCACCUACUCGGUCAUGCCAUCGCCCAAGGUGUCCGACACCGUCGUCGAGCCGUACAACGCUACUCUCUCCACUCACCAGCUGGUGGAGAACACGGACGAAACAUUCUGCAUUGACAACGAGGCGCUGUACGACAUCUGUAACAAGCAGCUGAAGCUGCCGACGCCGACCUAUGGUGACCUGAACCACCUCAUCUGUCUAGCCAUGUCCGGCCUGACCACGUGCCUUCGCUUCCCGGGCCAGCUGAACGCCGACCUCAGGAAACUGGCGGUGAACAUGGUGCCCUUCCCCCGUCUGCACUUCUUCGUGCCGGGCUUCGUGCCUUUGGUGUCACGCCAGAGCCAGGGGUACAAGGCUCUGUCGGUGGCAGAGCUUACACAGGAGAUGUUCGACGCCCGAAACAUGAUGGCUGCCUGCGACCCGCGCCACGGACGCUACCUCACCGUAGCCGCCAUCUACCGCGGUCGCAUGUCCAUGAAGGAGGUGGACGAGCAGAUCGUGUCCGUGCAGACCAAGAACAGCAGCUACUUUGUCGACUGGAUACCGCAUAACGUGAAGACGGCCGUCUGUGACAUCCCGCCGCGCGGACUCAAGAUGUCGGCCACAUUUGUCGGCAACACCACCGCCAUCCAGGAGUUGUUCAAGCGCAUUUCGGAGCAGUUCACAGCCAUGUUCCGGCGCAAGGCCUUCCUCCACUGGUACACGGGCGAGGGCAUGGAUGAGAUGGAGUUCUCUGAGGCGGAGAGCAACAUGAACGAUCUGAUUGCCGAGUAUCAGCAGUACCAGGAGGCGAGUGCCGACGACGAUUACGACGAGGAUGAGGAGGAUGCGGGCAACGACUACGACCGCAACGACGACGGCGGUCGCAACGACGACUACAACGAUCGAGAUAGCUACAACGACAGAAACGACAGCUACAACGACAGGAACGACUACGACGAUCGCAACGACGACCGUCAAGAGGACGAUGCCUACUAG